AUGUUGAGUAGAGCUAAGAUGCAGAAUUCCGAAAAUUUCCUUCACAUGUUAUUUACCCUCAGACAUUUAUUUUCAAAAUUGACCCCGAAAAUCAAACAACUUCGUCGUGAAGACAUGAAACGUUUGUGCAAUGGUGAAAUGAAACAAAAAAUCAAUGCUUCAAAAAGCAACGGGGCUGUUCACUUGAUUUUGAUUACGAACUUCAAAGAAAUUGAAACUUGUAUGCCAAAGUCAAAGUUACAAACCCCUUGCAGUCAAACAAAAGUUUGCAGUCAAUCUAAAUGUGCAGCAGAAAAGUCAAAACAAAAACAAAAAAAUAUCGAUUAA